GCCUUACCUUAUCUCUCUAACUAUAUACAUAUGUAUAUCCAAAGCAGGUUCGAACGCCCCCUCAAAAGACGUCUUAUAACUAAGUAAUUAAAUUGAAAAUGUAAUUAACUAAAUUGUAUCUAAAUUUGGUUAGUUAAAGAAACGAUUCAAUGAUAUGACACACUUUAGUUUUGAACACUUUCUUGUUAACACUUCAACAUGGCUGAGUCUAAAAAACCAUUAUCCACACAUAAAUUUCUAUAUAGAAGUUUUAAGAAAAGUCUGGUGAUAUUUUUAAAAGAAACUGGUCUACAUGGUCUGAAAUUUGUAGGAGAUGCCAAAUUAAGCAAUUGGGAGAGAUUAUUCUUUCUCUGCUCCUUUGUGGCUGCCUUUGUGAUGACCUGCCAAUUGAUAACCAAUAUCUAUAUCAAAUGGGAGAGUACACCAGUUAUCAUUGGCAUUAGUCCUCAUGCCACUUCCGUCUUAAAGGUACCAUUUCCAGCCAUAACCAUUUGUAAUAUGAAUCAAGUACUGCGCAGUAAAGUGGAUAUGUAUCAGGCAGAUUCCAAGGAGAGUGCCAUACUAAAACUUCUCUGCAAUGAGGAUUCAGAAGAAUUUGAAGAUGAUUCAUCACCUUUUGCGAGCAACUUGAGAAAUAAUACAUUACAAAUUUCCGAAUUUGUUGCCGCCAACUCACAGCCUUGUGAACAAAUGUUGCUCUAUUGUCGAUUUAGUUCCAUACAAUAUGAUUGCAUGGAUUUAUUUCGUGCCAUUAUAACUGAUGAGGGUUUAUGUUGUGUUUUUAAUUUUCUACCACCAGAAUUUCUAUAUAAAACACAUCGAAGCAGCACUCGAAAUUUAACAAAUCGUCUUGGGUUUGUGCCCGUCAAAUGGAAUCCAGAAACAGGUUAUCCAAAUGUCUUACCCGAAAAGUAUUAUCCUAGUGCAGCAAUUGGACCUGGCAUUUCAUUGGGUUUCACUGUAGUUAUGGAUGCCCAAUUGAAUGAGUAUUAUUGUUCCUCGACAAAUGGACCAGGCUUUAAGGUCUUUUUCCAUAAUCCCAUAGAGGUGCCUAGUGUUAAGGAGGCUGGUCUCAUCACUGCCAUUGGACACGAGACCAACUAUCGCAUAGAAGUUAAUCGUGGUGAAGCAGUCUCAGCUAUAAGAUCAAUUUCUCGGGAUCGUCGGCAAUGUGUUUUUAGGAAUGAACAGACUUUGCUUUUCUAUGAAAUUUACACACGUCGGAAUUGCGAGAAUGAAUGUUUGGCCAUGUAUCUCUAUGAUUCCUGCUCUUGUCUGCCCUUUGAUUAUCCAAAGAUCUAUGAAAAUGCCAGCAUCUGCUUGAUGAGGGAUACAUUUUGUGUAAAACAAGCUCAACGCUCUGAGAUGCGUCCUAAUUGGGCCAAGUGUCGAAAACAAUGUUUGCCCAGUUGUUUCGAUCUCACUUAUAUGGCGAGUGGUUUUCCCUUUCCCUUGGCCAGUCGGAAUUUCAAAAUGGCCAAUCCUUUGGUGGGCAAUAUGAGUAAAGUUUAUCUAAGGGACAAUAUUGCUGUGAUGAAUGUCUAUUAUCGGGAAAGUGUCUACUAUGGCAACAUGAAAAAUGUUUACAUUGGUCUAACUGAAUUUUUGUCUAAUAUUGGCGGCGUAAUGGGACUUUUUAUGGGUUUCAGUGUCAUCUCAUUGGCCGAGAUUUUCUAUUUUCUCAUAUUAAAACCUCUAACAGAGUUAAUUUCCUGGAAAAGAUCGUCCACACAAAUUGCUGAAAUCAAACAUAAGGCAUUCGAAUUGGAAAAUAAACCAAAUAUCUGGCAUACAAAAGAACUAUACCCCAAAGGUCUUAAAAUGUAAUCUUCUUUGUGUCUUUUUACUUAUUCUAACCCUUACUAUAAAUCAAAUAAAACAU